AAGAAGAAGCGAUAGGAGCUUCCGGCGAUAUUGACAGACACCAAAGCCAAGCAAGUCCAUUGACAACAGUCUGCCGUCGUCACUGUCAUGGCUUUCCUCUGCAGAAGUGCGGCUUCGCUCCUGAAGUCCUCCAGAGCAGCUCCGGCUGUCCUGUCCGCUGCCCGACUCUACAGCUCAGGUGGUCAGUAUGAGUAUAUUUUGGUGGAAAAGCGAGGUGAGAAGAGUGACGUGGGUUUCAUCCAGCUGAACCGGCCCAAGGCUCUCAACGCUUUGUGUGACGGGCUGAUGAGGGAGGUGGGACAGGCCCUGGAUGCUUUUGAAGCUGACGGCGAAGUCGGAGCCAUCGUCAUCACCGGCAGUGACAAAGCCUUUGCUGCGGGAGCGGACAUUAAAGAGAUGCAGAAUCGAACUUUCCAGGAGUGUUACGGUGGAAACUUCCUGGCUCAUUGGAAUAGAGUGUCCACAGUGAAGAAGCCUGUGAUUGCAGCUGUCAAUGGAUUUGCUCUCGGUGGAGGCUGUGAGCUGGCAAUGAUGUGUGACAUCAUCUACGCUGGAGAGAAGGCGCAGUUCGGCCAACCAGAGAUCCUGUUGGGGACCAUUCCUGGGGCGGGUGGCACCCAGCGGCUGACCCGUGCGGUGGGCAAAUCCCUGGCUAUGGAGAUGGUACUUACAGGAGACCGAAUUAAUGCACAAAAUGCCAAGCAAUCAGGUUUGGUGAGCAAAAUUUAUCCAGUGGAUCAGUUGGUGUCUGAAGCCGUUAAAUGUGGCGAGAAAAUUGCUGCCAACUCCAAACUGGUCUCUGCUAUGGCCAAAGAGGCUGUUAAUGCAGCUUUUGAACUGACUUUGGCUGAGGGUAAUCGUUUGGAAAAGCGCUUAUUCCACGCUACCUUUGCUACAGAUGAUCGUAGAGAAGGCAUGACCGCAUUUGUUGAGAAGAGGAAGGCCAGUUUCCAGGAUAAUUAGAAAAGAGCAGACCAAGAGCUCAACCAAGAACACAAAGCUCCCGUUAUCAGCGGGUCAUUUCCUUAUCUGCAAUAAGUUGAAUGAUGCAAAAGUCCUGAUUGUAGUGGAACAAACAAGAUGUUUGACAAGAGUGUCAUAUAACAGUGAAGCUCUACCUGCCGAGGUUUGAUAUCAAAUGCAUUUGCAGUCUGAACACAGGAGUGCUGGGGGAUGAGUGUAUGUGAAUACUGUGUGAUAACUCUGCCAGUGUGUAAUAGGAGGAAUAAGUAUUGUACUUUAUCAGAUUAAUUGUGCUGAUUUUGCCUUUCAUUUUCAUUUUCACCAUCAAAUGUUUGUCUGCAUUUUGUAGGUGACUUAUUUCUCUAUACAUUUUACAAAUAAAUCUCUCAAGUGGU